UAGCCGUACAUAUCUUAGGCGCAGCAUGAAGCCAAUUCGAGAUCUCCAAGUGCCCAGCUUCCAGGUGGUGUCCGGGGUAACCACCUUCACGUACGCCAGUCCCACAUCUGGAGCAGCCUCCCUCGACUUUCUGGCGCACACCCUGCGGAAAAGAGAGGCGAACACAGGAAAAACCAUUUUGAUAUGUCAGCAUAAUCGCGAGGCCGAGCGCCUGAAAUUUGAUCUUGCCGAGCGGGAUGUCAACACUAUUCUCCUUCCACCGCAUGAGGCAAUGAUCGGUCAAGUGCUGCUCCUCUGGUCCAAGGGGUACAUCAACCAAGCUCUAAUUCUGUGCGAUGACAUGCUCGAGCAUCUUGGAGUAGUCGAUGCGAACCUGGUGAUCCACACAACGCUGCCGGAACUGAACAAGUUCGAGGAGCGUUUGAAGUGGCUGAGCAUAUCGGCGGGAAAAGCCGAGAUGUUGGUCAUAACUCCGUGCGACGAGGAGAACGAAAAAGAAGGCAAGGGAGAGACCGAGCUGGAAGUCGUCCAGCAAACAAAGCCACUCAAAGUAGAUGCCCUAAAUUCCAAGCAGCUUCCUGAAAUGAAGAAAAAUACGGCUCCGACAUCAUCGCAGGAUUACAAGGCGGAGGCGGAUGCUGCAACUCCAGCGACAAUCCCAAACGACAAUAAGGAGCAGGAGAUAUAUUUAAGCGUGGAGGAUGCUACAGAAAAGCUCCUGUUGUCCACAAGUCCCGACACUUCCAAUUCACUGGAUAAAUCGCAGCUCGAUCAAGCUUCUUCUGAGUUGGGAAACACUGUUCCGGCGACAGUGGACGCAUCCUCUCCAGCCGCUGCUAACGCCCAUGCUCCUGGAGACUCUCCUUUCGAUACUGAAAAUCCAACGAAGUCUGCGGACGCCGAGUUUCAAGAGUGGGUAAAGUUGGUGCAAAACGCAUCCAAAGACAUGAACUUGCCGCCUCCUCCCUCUGUUACCAUUGAAGAACCGUUGUCCAGUGCCUCCUCAUCUGAUCUUCGACACCAGAUCGACACCACUUCGCUGGACUCCAUUCGAAUUGUGGAGGAUUCGCCUGCCUCGCUAGCAGUGGUUCCCUUUUCUACAGAGGGAAUAACCUACAACAACUAUGGCGUUCUCGGCUGGAGUCGCCACGCGGUCGUGCCGUGCUACAACUUGGCCGAAGCGCCGGACAUAAGCACCAUCAUCGCGCGGGCCAUGCAGCAGAUGGGCGUGGCUAAGUCGCGGGCGCGGGCGGUCCAGAGGUUCGCCUGGCCACAUGUCUCGUCGGGUAAAUCCCUGUUGGUUGUGGGCAACAUGCAGGUGGGUAAGACGUGGUCCUACCUGCCCACCGUGUGCCAGCGCAGCCACGAGGAUCUGCUGCGCCGGAGAGAUGUUGACCGCGGACCUACCUGCAUCUUUGUGUGUCCCAACCAGGGGCAGGGCAAACAGAUCGAACGCUGGAUGAGCACGUUGCUCCGUUCGCUGGGCAGUGCGGCGGGGUUCGAGGAUGUGGUUACCCACUGGGACAAGAGCCAAGUGGCGGACAUCGUCCGCCGGCUCGAAAAGCCCGUGGGAAUCCUGCUGACCAGCGUGGACUUGCUGCUCAAACUGCUGACCCAGCACUCGGUCUGGAAAUCGAAAAUUUUCGAUGCCCAGGCGGUGAAGUACAUAGCCUUGGAUAACCUGAACGACAUGGUUCGUGUCCUGCCAAGCGACACGAUGAAGCUGCUGAAGCAAUUGCCCAAAAUGUUCCAGCUCACCCAGAAUAAGUGCCAACUGCUCGUCUCCAGCCGCGCCUGGCACACCGAUCUGAUGGUGCAGCACAUCCUGCCUCUGAUGCCCGACGUCCUCCUUCUCUUCGACGACGCCUUGGAGGCGAGUGUCUACGGCGGCGUCCAGCUGGACGUGAGGAUCGUGGCGGAGGAGCCGGAGAAACUCGACCAUUUGAAGGCGCUGAUCGCUGAGCGCAGGAACUUUGCCAAUGAGCCCGCCGUUGUGGUCUGCUCCACCUCGACAGAGGUACUCCUACUCCGCCGUAAACUGCAAGCGAUUGGGGUGCAUGCUCAUACCUGUGAAUCGGAGGCGCGCUACUCCAAUGUCGCCGAGUGGCGACGCCAGUCCCCGGGUGGCCUGCUGCUGGUCACGGAUGAUGUGGUGCCGAGACUGAAAUGCGGAAAGAUCCCGCUGCUCAUCCACUACAGCUUUGCCAACAUCUGGACGCGCUUCAAGAGCCGCUUCAGCCUGUUCUACGCGAACCUCAAGUCGCCAAUUACGCGCCCGGUCGGCCAGUCCGUGAUCUUCGCCAAGCCCACUGAUGUGGAGAACAUCUGGAGGCUGUGCGACUUUUACAUGAAGCACAAGCUGCCCAGGCCCAUCCGUAUGCUGGAAAUCCUUUCGCAGCGACACCUGGAAGAGCCCCACGAACCGACAAGCACAAGGCUCUGCCACCAAAUGGCCGCCUUCGGGGAUUGCCUGAGGUACAGCUGCAGGUAUCGCCAUGUGAUGUGGCGGCACGAGGUGCUGCCGCCGGAUCACUAUCCCAAAAAUGGAAGGAUUCGGUUCUUGGUCCUAGUUUGUUACAGCCCCGCUGCGUUGGCGGUGCGCUUGAGCAGCCAGUUCCCCACAGCGAUCCGCUUCCUCAACUUCCCGAUGAGCACUCUGGGCGAGCAAGUGCAGCGCCACUACGAAGUGGAGGCGAACCGGCGCAUGCACCCCAAUCCCGUGCCCGGCGAGAUGGCGGUGCUCAAGAACGCCAACCGCUACGAGCGGGUGGACAUUGUCAGUGUGGAAAGCGAUAGCUUGGUGGUGGUGCAACUGCUGGACACCUCCACCGAAAGUUUUCCCUACAACACCAGCAAGCUGUACAGCUGCGAUGAGAUCUUCAAGGAUUCACCCAGAGAAGCGAUGGACUUGAGGAUCAUUGGCCUGCAGCCCGAGAGCCUGGAUCGCAUCUGGCCCGAUGACGCGCGCAACUUGGUGCGCAAGGAGUUCUUUCGUCGCACGCACAACAAGCGGAGUCGCCUAUUCGACGCCGUCGUCGAGUCCGUCAUCCACCGCACGAUCUUCGUUAGCAACAUGUACGACGACGAGGGCAACGACCUGCUCAGCUUCGUCACCAAUCGCUUUCGCUCGCAUCAGGAGAAGCGCUGCCAGCUCAAGCUGGAUGCGAUGGUGCGAAGCUCCAAGGACUUUCCACAUAUGUAGCUUCUAGUUUCAUCAUGGCGCCACCACUGACCACUGACCACUGACCAUUGACCGGCAUUCUCUUGCGAAAGAAACCAGCUUCUGCAGAAAACCAAUUCAAUUCCUAUUAGAUUACGCAUUUAUACAAAGAUUCUUCAAAAUAUUGUUUCAAAAUUAUUAAUAAUAAUCGAGCAUCGUAUUCAAAGUAUUUGGAGAUCUUCACUUGGCAUGCUCUUUUAAAUGUAUUCCUAAACUUGAAAAAUAAAGGGCAUGCGCUCAGAAGUUUUUUUUUAAGUG